ACCGAAAAGCACGCGUUCACAACGAUACGCCGUUUAUUCAUCAAUGAAGCAUUUAUUUCCAGCAGAUCAAGUAAUUCAAAUGCCAAUAAAAAAAAGACAACAACAAAUAAGAGAAACACCAUAACAAGCAACCAAAUAAAUCCGCGUGACUGCUGUAAAUUAUACAUAUCAGUGAGAGAGAGAGAGAGAGAGAGAGAUCGACAAACAAAAAAGCGCACUGAAACUGAAUUUCCUAUCAAUUUGUUGGACUUUUUUUUGUUAUCGUGUUUGUGUACAGUUUUCGGUGUUUUUAUUUUCCGGCCCCGUCUGAUUGUAUCAUAAAUAAAACCGCCUAAACACAGAAGACACCGAGCAACAUUCAUAAAUAUACGGAACGAUAAAUAAGAAGCGAACGACAAACUCUCUUGCGUCGCGCGAAUACUUCAAAGCGAAUGAGUCGCGUAUUGCAUACGCACUUGAAGAGCAUUUGUUUAAAAAAAAGAAAAGCGACAAGACAAGAAAAAAAAACAAAGUGAAGUGAAUUUUUGAGUAGUAAAAUAAGGCGAACGAAGAAAAAAACGGCGAUGGUCCCAUGUUAUUAUGGUUGCAUUGGGGCCAUCUUGACAUUAGCCGUUUUAAUGUCAAUACAAUGCAUUUACGCAUCCCCGACAUCGAGCAAUGGAAUUAAUUCAAACGCUCUUCCCGAGGAUCCCGAGUUUACUGAUGUGAUAGAGAAUAUCACAGUGCCGGCCGGACGAAACAUAAAGCUCGCUUGCUCAGUCAAAAAUCUAGGAUCGUACAAGGUAGCUUGGAUUCAUUUCGAGCAAUCAGCAAUUUUGACCGUUCACAAUCAUGUAAUCACUCGAAAUCCACGGAUCAGUGUAACGCAUGAUAAACACGAUAAGCAUCGCACAUGGUUCUUGCACAUAAACAAUGUCAAAGAGGAAGAUCACGGCAGAUAUAUGUGUCAAAUCAACACGGUUACGGCGAAAACACAAUUCGGCUAUGUCCAUGUUGUCGUGCCGCCGAAUAUCGAAGAUUCCUUGACUUCAACUGAUGUUGUAGCUCGUGAGGGUUCGAAUGUUACAUUGAAAUGCAAAGCGAGUGGAUCUCCAAAUCCUGGUAUAAAAUGGAAAAGGGACGACAACAAUAAAAUAUCAAUUAGCAAGGGCUUAAGUGUUACGGAAUGGGAAGGUGAAAUUUUGGAAAUUGCUCGCAUAUCGCGUUUGGAUAUGUCGGCUUAUUUGUGUAUUGCAUCGAAUGGCGUCCCGCCGAGUGUGUCGAAACGCAUUAAAGUCAGCGUCGAUUUUCCACCAAUGGUUUGGAUCCCACAGCAGCUCGUCGGCACACCCGUUGGAUACAACAUUACGCUAGAAUGCUUCAUCGAAGCAUAUCCAAUAUCGCUGAAUUAUUGGUCAAAAGAUGAUGGCGAUAUGAUACACGAUUCCAACAAAUACAAAACUGAUACCGUUAUCAAUCGGCCAUCGUACAAGUCGACGAUGCGCUUAACCAUCAGCAAUGUUCAUAAAAACGACUACGGUAUGUACAAGUGCGUUGCGAAGAAUCCACGCGGUGAAACAGAUGGCACAAUUCGUCUGUAUUCUUCGAGUCCACCAACCACACUAGCACCACCGCCAACAACAACAUCUGAGCGGCCGUUCCCCGAUAUUCAACCGAAAAAUAUUUUCGAAACACCAAUUUUCCGCCAAAGAGAUAACACCACCAUUCAAUUCACCGACAAAGGCUUAAAAUAUCAAUCAAAUCUCAACGAAAUAGACAAAUCCGAGCAAAAGUCACAAGGUGACAGCUCCAGCAAGGUGUUUGAAUGGCCUUCUAAAGAUGAAUCUCAUGCUGCUAGCGGUGCCUCGUCAGUCAGUGGUGUACAAAGAGUAUCAAAAUCGAUCGGCUCUUUCGUGACAUACCGAAUUCCAAUAUUGUUAACCAUUUUGGCGAUUGCAAUGACAUAAUCAUUAAUACUGUUAUUAGCCUAAAGAACGCAUAAAUGGGUAAUUUUUAUGAGCUCAAACACACGAAUACACACAAACCCACAACCACAAUUACCAACUAACGAAUAUUUAUGCAAACCUAUUUUAUGUAUUGUAAAUAAGAAGUUAACUCAUGUAGCGGACUGUAGUUAAAUGAUACAAUUUCUAGAUGGCAUGCACAAGCAACAAUAACAACAACAAAAACAGUAACAGCCCAAGAGAAACGGCCAAUAUGUUUAUACGCUGUCUAUCCGCCGAAAAUACACUGCAAUAUAUUCACGCUUAUUGGACGCCAAAUUCAAUAUAUAUUCUAGUGUAUUUCAGUCACUCCACAUGCUCGUCGUUUUGUUCAAUUUGAGAGUACUAAGUUUCCGUGAGUGAUACGCAAGAUGGCAGCACCUUAAAUGGCGUUUUUAUACACAAAGUAGAUACUUGAGUGUAAAUUAUUAUGUUAGUGGCGUAUCAAAAUGAAGGUUUAAAAAAAAUACAUUGUCAAUAUAGAGCGUGUGGUGUGACUGGUGUAUUUUCGGCGUAUUCUUCAGCGUGAAACAUAUUCAGGCGCCCUCUGAUGGCCAUGAAUGCAUUCAUUGAUUCAAUAUGUUUCACGCUGAAGAUUACACCGAAUAUACACUAGAAUAUAUAUUCAAUUCGGCGUCCAAUAAGCGUGAAUAUAUAUUGUAGUGUAUUUUUGGCGGAUAGACAGCGUAUAAAGAUAUUGGCUGUUUCUCUUGGGAGUAACAACCAUAAACACACAAAAAAAACACAUUGUUUAGAUUGUAAGGGUACUAAUUAAUUAUAAUAAUAGCAGAUCACAAGAAAUCAAAUGUUAUCAAAUAUUGAAUCCAAUUGCCAAAAUCAAGAGAUUGCCAAUUGUAAACUGUAAAAUGAUUUCUGUUCUGUGGCCAAUGGCCAAUAGCUUGAGAGAUCUGAAUUGCACGUAGAAAUAUCCUAAAAUAUUUGCUCAGGUAAGUUAAGAUACAAUUUCAUUUCCAACCCAUAAAAAAGUCGAAUCAUAAUGACAACAUAUGCUCGAUACAAGCCCAGGUUUCUUUUUUGCACAAUUCAAUUCGAUUCUCGAACGAAAGAACAAGAGUAAGUGUGUGACUUCGAAACUGAUUUGUUGUCAAGUUUUACGAAGGUAAAAAAAAAAUUCUGGUCGGACUCAAACAGAAAAUUAAAAAGAAAUCGAAAUCUGUGUAAAUAGCGAUUUUGUUUGAUCUUUUGACGGUUUUGAUUUGUUUCGUAGUGCAAAGUAUUUUGAAGAAAAAAAAACCAUUAACAAAAAUUAGUUAAAUUUAAUGAUAAAAAAGUAUAUAUCUACUAUAGCGGUUAAUGUAUUUCCAGGGCUUGUUAAGAGAGAUUUAUGAGAUUAUUUUUUAAAUGUUCAGCUUCAAUAGAAAUGAUUUUCUUUUAAAAUUUAAUUGCCUAAUUGAACGAAAAAACAAUCGGAACAAAUAUUCGUUUUCAUUCGCAUAUUCUAUUUGAAAAAUAAAAAGUAAUAUCGAUGUUUAUGAAUUGUUAAUUUUUAUUGCAACUAAAAUCAUUUGCAUCAUCCUCCUAAAAAAAAGAACAAUACAUAACAAAAAGACCCGCAAUAAUUACUGAUUAAUUAUACACUUAAAACUAAUCGAAACUACACACAGAGCAUUGAAGCUGCUGCAUAUAUAUUUGCUGCUGGUGAACAGAUCUGUUCGACAGCAGCUGUUGCUUGCAUGCAUAUUCGCUGUGAAGCACGUUCGUUCAUGUAUCGAUUCUCGCGCACAAUGUUUGUCUCUUUCAUUCACAUGGAACCAGACAGAGAAGCAUACAGAACACACGAGAUACAUCGUAAGCGACGCGCGCGUGCACACUCAUAGCUGCCGUUCGCGCCUCGU